GGCGUGCAAGGUCGAUUCAUAUUUUUGCUCUUCCGGCCAAGCAUUCAUAUCACCGUGCUAUACACGUAUCACUUCCCGCAGCGCAGUCAUGAAAUGCAAGAUUUUAAUAUCUGCAUUUAUCAUCCUCUGCAUUAUUGGAGCAGUUUUUGGGUUUGCGGAUAAUGAUGAGGAGCCACGGAAUGAUAUUGUUGCAAAAGACAAGAUUCUAAAGGACGCUGCACCAAAACCAGCGCGUCCUGCACCACCAUCAGACAAAUCUCCGGCUUUUCGAGGAAACAGGGAUGGGCAGCAGCGCAGAGCUCUCAGAACUUCAAGACUAAAAAACUCGGCGGUUUCAAAUGGAAAUCAAAGAAGUGCUGCUAGAAAUAAGGCCAUAAGGCAGCAGUCGGGUGUAAGGCCGGCGGGGUCUUCAGGAAGGGGCAAGUCGGGAAGACAACAGUCCGAUGGCUCGAGUACGUCCACGCCUGAAUUCAAUUACGAUUAUUACGGCGUCGAAAUCACUACCUAUGCGUACAAACGUCGUGGUCAUAGAAGAGGCAAGGGACAUAAGAGGUAUCGCAAUCACGGACCUGACGAGACUUCAGAAGAGGACAAGGUCACUGGAGAUUAUGGAAAUUAUAACUACGGUGGAUAAAUUGUGUUUUGAUCUUUUUUUAAUUAAAAUAGCAAUAUUAAAGUCGAUACAAACUGAAAGCUAAAUCAUUUGCACAAUUCACGGAAACAUGCAUGAGGAAUCAACUUAAUCAAGUCAUGUUUGAAAAAAAAAUUUGUUACAUUACUGACGUUCAAAUGCAAUAAUUAGAGCAAUUCUGUAAAUUGUACUUUAAAAGAGGAAAAAAACUUUUGGAAAAUAAUAUAAUAAUUUUUUUACACUUAAAAACUAGAAACAAAGGCGGCGCGCGUUUUUCUUCUAAUAAGUAUUAAAAAAUCUGCAACUAAACAAAAAUUGACAAAAAUUAUGAAUUUGAACAAAUUUAUUUUAUGGUUGAAUUUUAUUGUAAUAUUUUAAGCAAUAUAAUAGGCAGUGUCUGCAGUGAUUGCCUUUCUGAUAUAACAAUAAAUAUCAUCAUUCACCUCGAAAAAUGCUGUAGAAAAAAUCAGAAGCCUGUAAUAACAGCAUUAACACCAAUUUAAGCAAAAAGAUUUUGUUUAAAGCCGCCUGCGGAAAUGAGACUCUUCAUCCUCAUUAUUAUUGAUGGGCGUAGAUGUGCCCUUCGAUUCCUAGACAACCGAAUAUGCUAAAUUUUGUAAUAGCCGAUGACUGGAUCACAAUAAAGUUGCUUGAA